CGAAACGUCGCGAAGACCGUUACCUGAGUGCCACCCGCCGCCGCCAUGGCCGAUGAAAAUGAUUCCCUGAGGGAAGCCGACGAGACUAGAGCGCAGCCGGGGGUGACCAUGCCCAGUAGUGCGCACUUUCUGAAGCAGGUGGAGGAGGAGGAGGAGGAGGAAGCUUUGAAGGUGGAAGUGGCAGCGGCGUGUGACGACGAAUCUGAUACUUCCUCUGACGACGAAUCUGAUACCUCCUCUGACGACCUGAGCUGGGGGAAGGCCGACAUCGACCCCAGCCUGCUGGAGCGGGUGGAUGAGGGGAAAUGCCGGAGUAUCCGCAAGCAGUACCGGCAGCUCAUCUAUACCGUCCAGCAGAACCGUGACGACAUCGUGAACACGACGAGCGACACCUUAACCGAGGCUCUCGAGGAAGCCAAUGUCCUGUUUGAUGCAGUGAGUCGAACGAGAGAAGCGGCUCUCGACGCUCAGUUUCUUGUUUUGGCUUCUGAUUUGGGUAAAGAAAAAGCAAAGCAGCUGAACUCUGACAUGAGCUUUUUCAAUCAGGUGGCAUUUUGUGACUUUCUGUUUAUAUUUGUGGGUCUAAAUUGGAUGGAAGAUGACGGACGUGAUCCGUUGAAUAACUGUGACGAUAACAUAGCUCUUUCCUUCUGGGAGACAGUACAGAAGGAAGCCACAUCGUGGAUGUUACAAGCUGAAACAUUCCACUUUCUUUUUGGUUCGUUCAAACCAGAGUCUGCAGCGCGAAAGCCGCGACUUAAUCACCGGAGAAAAGUUCAGAAAAUGGAAGAGAAUGGGGAUAUGCCUACAAAGCUGAGGAAGCUGGAUCUGAGUGGUAAUCAAGAAGCCACCGAAAAAGAAGUAGAAAGAAUCUUGGGAUUGUUGCAAACGUACUUUCGAAAGUAUCCUGAUACUCCUGUGUCUUAUUUUGAGUUUGUGAUUGAUCCAAACUCUUUCUCUCGUACUGUGGAGAAUAUAUUUUACGUUUCUUUCAUUAUAAGGGAUGGUUUUGCAAGAAUAAGGCUUGACCAAGACAGGCUGCCAAUAUUGGAGCCAAUUAAUAUUAAUCUAGCCGGUGAGGGAAAUGAUCCCAGUUUCCACAGCAGGAAACAGGGAGUUAUAUCUUUGAGUUUACAAGACUGGAAAAAUAUUGUGGCAACUUUCGAAAUUUCAGAGGCUAUGAUCACAAACUAAAGAUUUUUGUUCUUAGUAUAGGAUGCAGUUUUGUUUAUUUUCUAAAGCAUAACAUAGUGGAGAGUAAAAUCCAAACAGAAGCACAUACUGUAUUUCUUGUGAAAAAUAUUUUCAAGAAAAUAAGUUGUUUUACUGUGCGUUGUAUUUUUCUUGGUAGUUUUAUAAAGUUGUCAUGACCUUCUGUUGCUUAAAAAAUUCACUGGCGUAUUCAUGCAAAAGAUUUUUUG